GUUUUUUUAAAACGAUCGAAUAAUUUAUUGGAAGAAAUCGAUAGAAUUCAUUCAUGGGUCCACCGACGUUGCUCAGUCCGCCAUUACUGCUCCAUCACAACUUCAUCACUACCAAUAAACUAAUAGUAGUUUCCAAUUGUUCUUGUGUGGAUGACCAAAUCAGAGACAAAAACCCUUCAAUUCUUCAUGCGUUUCAUACCUACAUUUCCUCAAAUUGCAAAACCAAUCUCUCUAAAUUAUUUAAUUUUGUAUCCGUGUGUGUUGCGGUGUGUGCGAAAUGGCAGGGGAUACAAGCGAGGGUUCAAGGCAACUUGAUCAAACACCCACGUGGGCCGUUGCUGGGGUUUGCGCAACCAUCAUCAUCAUCUCCAUAGCUUUAGAGAAAAUCCUUCACAAACUUGGAAAGUUCUUCACAGAGAAGCGGAAGAAAGCCAUGUUUGAAGCUUUGGAGAAGGUCAAGGCUGAGUUGAUGGUUCUGGGGUUUAUUUCACUACUAUUGACUUUUAGUCAAUAUUACAUAGCCAAAAUAUGCAUCCCGGAUAGCAUUGCUGAUACAAUGUUGCCGUGUCCGGUGAGAGAUAAACCUCAGAAAGAUGACAAAGAAGAAGGAAGCCACCGAUUGCUUCUUUGGUAUGAGCAUCGUAGAUCUUUAGCCGAAGCCUCUAAAUCCAGUUGCAAGAAGGGUGAAGUAGCGAUUAUAACUGUUGAUGGACUGCAUCAAUUGCACAUACUCAUAUUCUUUCUUGCCGUCUUACAUGUGGCAUACAGUGCUGUCACUAUGGCUCUCGGAAGACUAAAGAUCCGUGGCUGGAAGCAGUGGGAGGAGGAGACUUCAUCCCACAACUACGAAUUCUCCAAUGAUACUUCACGAUUCAGGCUAACCCACGAGACAUCUUUUGUGAAAGCGCACACUAGUUUCUGGACUAGAAUUCCUUUCUUCUUUUACAUUGGAUGCUUCUUUCGGCAAUUUUUCAGGUCUGUUAGCAAGUCUGACUAUUUGACGGUGCGAAAUGGGUUCAUCAAUGUUCAUUUAGCUCGCGGGAGUAAGUUUAACUUCCAAAAGUAUGUUAAGAGGUCAUUAGAGGACGAUUUCCAAGUAGUUGUAGGCAUCAGUCCUGUACUCUGGGCAUCAUUCGUGAUUUUUUUGCUCCUCAAUGUUAACGGAUGGCAAGCCAUGUUUUGGGCAUCAUUGCUUCCGUUGGUCGUUAUCUUAGCGGUAGGAACAAAACUUCAAGCUAUCUUGACGAAAAUGGCUCUUGAAAUCACUGAAAGACACGCAGUUGUUCAAGGCAUACCGCUCGUGCAAGGGUCCGAUAAAUAUUUUUGGUUUUCGAAACCACAUUUAAUUCUUCAUCUUAUACACUUCGCCCUGUUUCAGAAUGCAUUCCAAAUCACAUACUUCUUCUGGAUAUGGUAUGAAUAUAAGAUCGGUUCUUGCUUCCACGAUAAUAUCAGACUUGUUAUUUUGAAGCUUAUCAUCGGGGUUGGCGUUCUCAUACUGUGCAGCUACAUAACACUACCGCUCUAUGCCCUUGUAUCCCAGAUGGGCUCGAACAUGAAGAAAUCCAUCUUCGACGAACAAACAUCCAAAGCCCUCAUGAAUUGGAGAAUGGCCGUGAAGAAAAAACGUGGAGGCGGUGGCGGGAGCACCGGUGGCAAUUCGCCUACACGGACAAUCGGGAACACUUUCGGUCCUAUCCCCACUCCAUCCAUGCCAUCUUCGGUUGGUCCGCUCCAACGGUUCAAAACCAUGGGUCACUCACCACCGUCCAUGGUCUACAAGGACACCGAUGUAUCAGAUUUGGAAUCCGAGCCAAUGUCUCCGGAAUCAUCGUCCAUGCACUUACUAAAAGUACGAGUUGAUCAUCAGAACAUGCCUCGACAACGAGAUGACACGAAGAACGAAGACGAUUUCUCAUUCGAUAAGCCUGCACCCUUGUCUUAAUAGAAGUAGCCCGGGAAAGUUCGAGUCCGUAUUUGGAGGCCAGUAUUUUCCCGACCUAAAAACAUAUAAUUUUUCCAUAUAAUCGAUAUA